AUGAGUGUGCGGCCGGCAAAGUGGCUCAGCCGAAAUCUCGGGGGCCGGUCGCCGCCGUACGCCAAGCCGGCAUGCAGUUCGAUUCCGGCAAGCGAACGGCGAGUCUGUGAAAGUUUGUCGCGCGAGCUUUCCUACACGUGGUGCACGUGCUCCCGAUACCAGCGAAAGACUCCGAACGGCGGCCGCUUCGCGUACAUUGGGGAAAAAGGGGGCGAAGCGGAACCGCGGAUCGCGAAAGGGCAUCGACGGCGGCAUGCUAACGUCGGGGGCGGCGACGACGACGACGACGCCGGCUCGACGCUGAUUUUUCAUCGCGUGUUGUGCGCAUGGAGAUGCCGAAGGAUUAAAGGGAGAGCCAGCAUCAUGGUUCGCUCGAGGUGA